GGGGUCUCCGGUGGAGAAAAAAACGAAUGCCCCGUCCUGCUGAGCCGGCAGACGCACCGACCCGUACGGAGAACCUCGCGCACCCCAGGUCCGACCUCGCCGUCGGCGAGCGUGCCCAUGGCGGACGGCGGCGAGAUGGACGAGGAGGCGAUGCGGGCCUUCUUCCCGCUCUCCUUCGGUAAGACGCCCGCGCGCCCCAGCGCUGCCUCCUCCGCCCAUUCCUCCACCCUCCGCAAGCCCCAAAACCCUAAUAACCCCAAGCCCUCCACCUCCGCCGCCGCGGAUGACGACGACGCCGUGAUUGGUCCCCCUCGGCCGCCGCCGGAGCCCGCGGGGGAGAACGAGGGGGACGGCGGCAUGAUCGGGCCGCCUCGGCCCCCGCCGCCGUCCGCCCGUGGCGAGGGGGAGGACGGCAUGAUUGGGCCGCCUCGGCCGCCGCCGGCGGAGGAGGCGGACGAGGAAGACGACGACGAUGAUGACGAAGACGACGAGGAGAUGGAGGAUGAUGGCGAGGGUGGCUUCAAUCGGAUCCCUCUCAGCAACGAGAUUGUUCUGCGGGGGCACACCAAGGUUGUCUCAGCCCUUGCUGUUGACCAUACAGGAUCCAGAGUGCUCUCUGGUAGCUAUGAUUAUACAGUACGUAUGUAUGACUUCCAGGGUAUGAAUUCAAAGCUGCAAUCAUUCAGGCAAUUAGAACCCUUUGAGGGCCAUCAAGUUCGUAGCCUAAGUUGGAGUCCAACGUCAGAUCGAUUCUUAUGUGUUACAGGUUCAGCUCAGGCCAAGAUUUACGACCGGGAUGGGCUUACACUAGGUGAGUUUGUUAAGGGUGAUAUGUAUAUUCGUGACCUGAAGAAUACAAAAGGUCACAUUUCUGGGCUGACGGGUGGUGAGUGGAAUCCGAAGUCAAAAGAGACUAUUUUGACCUCAUCAGAAGAUGGAUCCAUACGUCUCUGGGAUGUAUCGGACUUUAAAAGUCAAAAACAGGUCAUCAAACCUAAGCUAGCAAGACCAAUGCGAAUUCCUGUUACGUCGUGUUCAUGGGAUCACGAAGGCAAACUAAUUGUGGGUGGCAUAGGAGAUGGUUCAAUUCAGCUCUGGACCAUAAAAACUGGAUGGGGUAGCAGACCAGAUAUCUAUGUUGAAAAAACACAUACAGAGGAUAUUACUGGAGUUAAGUUUUCUACAGACGGACAGAUUCUUCUGUCAAGAAGUAUGGAUAGUACACUAAAGAUAUGGGAUUUAAGAAAAAUGAAAACCCCUUUGAAAGUGUUUGAAGAUUUGCCAAAUCACUAUGCUGAGACAAAUGCAGCAUUUAGCCCAGACGAGCAACUUAUUUUUACAGGAACCUCUAUUGAAAAAGAUGGCGACAAUGGAGGACUACUCUGCUUCUUCGACAGAAGGAAACUUGAGCUUGUAUCAAGGGUGGGGAUUUCACCACAAUACAGUACGAUAAGGUCCCUCUGGCAUCCAAGGAUCAAUCAGGUAUUUGCAACAGUUGGGGACAAGAAAGAAGGCGGGACCCACAUCCUGUAUGAUCCUUCUAUUAGUCAGAGGGGAGCUCUUGUAUGUGUUGGACGAGCACCAAGGAAAAAGUCUGUCGAUGACUUUGAGGUGCAACCUGUCAUACACAAUCCACAUGCACUGCCACUUUUCAGAGAUCAACCAAGUCGUAAACGUCAAAGAGAGAGGAUCCUGAAAGACCCGCUCAAAUCGCACAAACCAGAAGCACCUGUUAACGGUCCAGGGUAUGGUGGAAGAGUUGGUACUACAAAGGGCAGCUUGCUGACACAGUACCUCUUGAAGGAGGGUGGUUUAAUUAAGGAGACCUGGAUGGAUGAAGAUCCAAGAGAAGCAAUUUUGAAGUAUGCUGAUGCUGCAGAGAAAGAUCCAAAAUUUAUUGCGCCAGCUUAUUCUGAAACCCAGCCGAAACCUGUCUUCGCGGAGUCUGAUUCAGACAAGGAAGAGAAAUAGUCAUGUGUAUGGUCACCUAAGCUAGUAUACUCCUGUAUUCUAUUUUCUGGCCGCUGUGACUGUUAAGCUUGUUGCACAAGUCCUGUAACCUGCCUUUUUCCGUGGAAAAACUAAGGAGUAUCUAUAAGGGUACUGAAGACAAAAGGUACGAGGAGGGUGCCUGGACCGAUCUAGUAAAGGCCGGAGGGGAGAGUAAACAUAUGAUGGGUGCGGAGGGGAUAACAUAGUCUCUCGCGCUCAAUAUUCUGUUAACUGAAGUAGAAUCUUAUUGUUUGCUUUUUGGUUAAAUCCGUAACUCUUUUAUAGCC